AAUCUGUACCAAAACAGGUUCCUGGGCCUGGCAGCUAUGGCGUCUCCAUCUAGGAACUCUCAAAGUCGGCGCCGAUGCAAAGAGCCUCUCAGAUACAGCUAUAACCCUGACCAGUUCCAUAACAUGGACAUCAGGAACAGUUCCCAUGAGACUGUCACCAUUCCUAGGUCUACCAGUGACACGGACCUUGUCACUUCAGACAGCCGGUCUACGCUGAUGGUCAGCAGCUCCUACUACUCCAUUGGGCAUUCACAGGACCUAGUGAUAUACUGGGAUAUCAAGGAGGAAGUGGAUGCAGGGGACUGGAUUGGCAUGUAUCUCAUUGAUGAGGUCUUGUCCGAAAACUUCUUGGACUACAAGAACCGUGGCGUCAAUGGCUCUCACCGUGGUCAGAUUAUCUGGAAGAUUGAUGCCAGCUCUUACUUUGUGGAGCCUGAAACAAAGAUCUGCUUCAAAUACUACCAUGGUGUGAGCGGGGCACUACGAGCCACAACUCCGAGUGUCACAGUGAAAAACAACGCGGCUCCCGUUUUUAAAAGCAUCACCAAUGAAGAUUCAAUCCAGGGACAAGGAAGUCGGAGACUGAUAAGUUUUUCAUUGUCAGAUUUCCAGGCUUUUGGUCUGAAGAAAGGAAUGUUCUUCAAUCCAGAUCCUUAUCUGAAGAUUUCCAUCCAACCUGGAAAACACAGCAUCUUCCCAGCACUUCCUCAUCAUGGACAGGAGAAGAGAUCUAAGAUCAUCUGUAAUACGGUUAACCCAGUCUGGCAAGGAGAGCAAUUCAACUUUGUCUCCCUGCCCACGGAUGUCCUGGAAAUAGAAGUUAAAGACAAAUUUGCAAAGAGCCGGCCGAUCAUCAAGCGUUUCCUGGGAAAACUCUCGAUGCCGGUUCAGCGCCUCUUGGAGAGACACGCCAUAGGGGACAGAGUUGUAAGCUACACUCUGGGUCGCAGGCUUCCUACCGAUCACGUCAGUGGCCAGCUGCAGUUCCGAUUUGAGAUAACUUCUUCCAUCCAUCCAGAUGAUGAAGAGGUCUCCAUUAGUGCAGAUCCUGAGCCAGCUGACCUCCAGGAAAGCCCUGUGAACAACCCCACGGAGGAAAGCCUCGGUGAGCCUCCAUGCAUCAACACAGUGACCUCAGAAAGUACAGCUCCAGAACAGCUAAAUGGAUACGGUGUGAACAGUGUCAAUAGCCCAGGGGCUGUCAAACCACCUGGGGAACUCAACCAGAACAGCUUAAAUGAAGAGCUAGCAGGAGAUGGGGAGGUUGAUGCGGUGCCAGUUCCUGAGCCCUUGGAAUCCGUCCCAGGAGAAAUGCUGCCUUCUUUGAGUGCUACGGACCUCACGGAGCAGCUGGCUCUGCUGGCUUGCGUGUCUCCUCCUGAGACUGAAGUUAGGGAAAAUAUCAAGGUCAAUUCUGGUAUUCAGGGAGAUGGUGGAGUCUUGACCAGCGUAGAAACGUUAGAUGUCGAUGAGGUGAGUGCAGAUGUGCAUGCUGGCAAGGACCUAGAGAAGAGUCAGGAAGAAGAAGGGGCUUCAGCCCAGGAGGAGGAAGACAACAAGCUACAGCUGAGGACCACAGCAAAGAGGAAAAACAGGCCGUGCUCCCUGCCCGUGUCUGAACUGGAGACAGUGAUAGCUUCAGCUUGUGGUGAGCCAGAGACCCCUCGCACGCACUACAUACGGAUCCACAACCUGCUGCACAGCCUGCCCUCGGCACGGAUGAGCAGCGAUGGGGAAGAAGAGCAAGAUGGUGGCAACGGUGGAGAGAACGAUGAGGAGUCUACAGUCAAGGAGGCGUUGGACAAGGAGAUGGUCAGUGAAAGUGAGACGGUGGCAGCAGAGCCUCCUCUGGAAAAUGAGGCUGAAGAGAACUUCAGCCAGAGCACGGUGGUGCCUCCUGGGACCUUCGAUGAGCAACUCUCUGACUUAAAUGAUGGGCUCUUGGAUGGGGAACACCCCAGGACACUAAGCGAGAGCGAGUCGAGCUCCAGGCCCAACGGUGACAACGAAUGUGAGGCGUGUGAUGCCUCUUGCUACAGCCCCUCUUGCUACAGCACUUCCUGCUACAGUACCUCCUGCUACAGCACUUCUUGCUACAGCACCUCCUGUUACGACAGUAACAAUCGCUUCUCCAGCCAUACCCGCUUCUCCUCCGUCGACAGUGCAAAGAUUUCUGAGAGCACGGUCUUUUCCUCCCAGGAUGAUGAGGAGGAGGAGAACAGUGCUUUUGAGUCAGUGCCAGAUUCAGUACAGAGCCCUGAGCUGGACAGGGAGCAAGUGGAUGGCUCCUCCCAGUGGCCAGAUGAACUAGUAGCUCAUGGUGGGAAUCCACAAAGAGCCACAGAGAGUCUAGACACCCCAAUAGCAGGUCCAAGCAGCAGAAGAGAAGGUGAUUGUCCUUUACUCCAUAAUUCUCAGCCAGUCAGCCAGCUUCCUUCUCUGAGGCCUGACCAUCAUCACUACCCAACUAUCGAUGAGCCUCUUCCACCAAAUUGGGAAGCUCGCAUAGACAGCCACGGGAGGGUAUUCUACGUUGAUCACGUCAACCGAACCACCACGUGGCAGCGCCCCACGGCCGCAGCAACGCCGGAUGGGAUCCACAGAUCCGGCUCCAUCCAGCAAAUGGAGCAGCUGAACCGGCGAUACCAAAAUAUCCAGCGAACUAUUGCAACAGAGCGGACUGAAGAUGAUGCUGUAGUGAACAACAGGGUGGAGAGAGUUCCCACCGGAGGAGGAAGUGACUCUGAGGCAGAGCCUUCCCAGCCAAGCUCAGAGGUUAGGAGGGAAGGUUCCCUUUCUCCUGUGAAUUCUCAAAAAAUCACCUUGUUGCUACAGUCUCCAGCUGUGAAGUUCAUCACCAAUCCCGAGUUCUUCACUGUGCUCCAUGCAAACUAUAGUGCCUAUCGAGUCUUCACUAACAGUACCUGCUUGAAGCAUAUGAUUCUGAAGAUCCGUAGAGAUGCUCGUAAUUUUGAGCGCUAUCAGCACAACAGAGACCUGGUAAAUUUUAUCAACAUGUUUGCUGAUACCCGACUGGAGCUUCCUCGCGGCUGGGAGAUAAAAACUGAUCAGCAGGGCAAGUCUUUCUUCGUUGACCACAACAGCCGUGCUACCACUUUCAUAGAUCCCAGGAUCCCGCUGCAGAAUGGUCGUCUCCCUAAUCACCUGACUCACAGGCAACAUCUUCAGAGACUUCGUAGCUACAGCGCUGGAGAGGCCUCCGAAGUCUCUCGAAACAGAGGAGUUACUCUGUUGGCCAGACCAGGCAAUAGUCUCGUAACAGCUAUUAGAAACCAGCACCAUCACGAGACACUACCUCUGGCUUACAACGACAAGAUUGUUGCAUUUCUACGCCAACCCAACAUUUUUGAGAUGCUGCAGGAACGUCAGCCCAGCUUGGCCAGAAACCAUGCACUCAGGGAGAAGAUCCAUUACAUUCGGACAGAGGGUACACAUGGGCUUGAAAAGUUGUCCUGUGAUGCCGAUUUAGUAAUUCUGCUAAGCCUUUUUGAAGAGGAUAUUAUGUCCUACAUACCACUGCAGGCUGCCUUCCAUCCCGGAUACAGUUUCUCUCCUCGCUGCUCACCCUGCUCAUCACCCCAGAAUUCUCCAGGACUGCAGCGAGCAAGUGCAAGAGCACCUUCUCCAUACAGGAGGGACUUUGAAGCCAAGCUGCGCAAUUUCUAUCGAAAACUUGAAGCCAAAGGGUAUGGGCAAGGUCCAGGUAAAAUUAAGUUAAUUAUACGACGUGACCACUUGCUGGAAGGCACCUUCAACCAGGUAAUGGCAUAUUCACGCAAGGAGCUCCAGCGGAACAAACUCUACGUCACGUUUGUUGGCGAGGAAGGGUUGGACUACAGUGGCCCCUCCCGAGAAUUCUUCUUCCUUCUUUCUCAGGAGCUCUUCAAUCCCUAUUACGGGCUGUUUGAGUAUUCAGCCAACGACACUUACACUGUACAGAUCAGCCCCAUGUCUGCCUUUGUUGAAAACCACCUGGAAUGGUAA